AUGAAGUCCACUUUCGCUUUUACAGCCCUCGUCACUACUGCCCUCGCAGGACCCUACUGCGCUGCACCCCCAGCUACACCCCCAGCUGCCUCUUCUACACCAACACCCACGCCCGAUCCGUCAGGCCCAUCCUACUUCGGCGUCAUCUCCGCCCGCAGCGCUUCGCCCAUCCACCUGCAAGCACUCACUGCGCGCGGAGGCAAGUUCUACCUCGGCGGCCCAGGCCCGUCAUCCUACUGCCCCGUCGCUCAGGUCGGCGACGCCUGCCCCGCAGGCAACACUACGGUCCUCGCAGGCGGCGAUAAAACGCUGGCCCUGGGUGUCAUUGUGCCGGGUGGCCAACAGGUGUAUGUGGCACCUGAUGGGAGCUUGAGCUACACGGGUGCGCACUCGGCGUACAUCCCCACUGGUUCGAUUGUCGAUCAGUUCAGUCGCCAGGCGCCGGCGGCCGGCCAGCAGUUCGGGUAUCUCAAUUUCGAGACGGGCUUUGUAGCUUGCCCUGCUGGCGAGGGAGAGGGAUAUAAGGUCUUUGGUCAGGUGCAGGGUGGUACCUAUGGACCUGAUUGCUUGGGAUUCAAUGCGCUUGCUGUUGCGACUGAUAAGCCUGGUGCGUGGCAGUACUAG